ACACGAGAAAGUGAGAAACGACAAGUAAAACAAAAAGAAAAAUUAUAUCUUAUGAUUAAUAUAUUAGGCCUAGUCGUCUGGUAAACAAGAUAACCAGAACAGAAGAAAAGCUUAGAGAUCAUCGUACCGCAGCAAGAAAAUGGUUCAUUUUGUCGAUUCUCAGAAACAAACCUCUCUUAUAAAUCCAAAAUAUCAAAUACCCAAAACCCAGUCAUCCAUCAAUGGCGCCCAAAUUUGCAGCAGCGCUUCUCCUAACAACUGCCAUGGCGGUGUCGGUGGCGGCGAGUGACCCAUCUCUCCUCUCGGACUUCUUCUCCGCCAACGCCACCAAAAUCGACGCCAAUUACUUCACCUUCCACGGAAUUCGCAAAGCCCUCUCCCAAAACCCUCCAAAUUUCACGGCAACCAAAGCGAGCCUGGCCCAAUUUCCGGCCAAGAUUGGGCAGAGCGUUUCUCUGGCUCUUCUCCAGUUCCCGGCCGGCUCCGUCAACCCGCCGCACACCCACCCCCGCGCGGCGGAGCUUCUGCUCCUCGUUAAAGGCCGUCUUGAGGUCGGAUUUGUUGAUACCAAUAACACGCUCUAUAGUUCGAGGCUUGAGAUGGGGGAUUCGUUCUUGUUUCCCAAGGGAUUGGUGCAUUUUCAGUUCAAUAGCGAUGCGGAUAAUUCGGCUGUGGCUGUUUCCGGAUUUGGAAGUGCGGACGCCGGCACGGUGGCUGUUCCGUCCGCCGUUUUUGGCUCCGGUAUCGACGAUGCGGCACUCGCCCUGUCUUUUAGAACGGACGUCGCCACCGUUCGCAAAAUCAGAGCAGCUCUUGCUCCUCAAACCUAAAUAAAUAAUAACCGCUGCUCUUAACAAUGGUUAAUUACAGCAAAAUGCAAUUUAUAAAAAAAAAAAAAAUAAUUAUGACAUUAGCUUAGUUUCCAUCACCAUGCGUAUUUAUUCUAAAUCAUGGCUGAAUUUAGUUUGAUGAGAAAAU